AAGAGAUAGAGAUAUCGCGCCGAAAUCAGACCAUAGUGCAAAGCUGGCUAAAUAAUUAACCUGAUUAUACUAAAAAUACACUGCCCUAUACCCAUUGGAACAGUUCGCAGUGGAGUGGCCGCGUUGGUUGGUGCGUGUCUCAUGGCGGGCUCUAAAUGGCUGCAGAGAUAAAGACCGCUCAGCCUCAUUGUUUUUCUCCUCCCUUGAUGAUUUUUCUCCUUCAUUCCUCACUGCUUCCGAUUUUGCGAGAGAGAAGAGGUUGAAAAGAAGAAAAGGAUAAAAGCAGAAGAAAAUAAAAAUGAAAUUGCCAAUUCUUCUCGCCCUACAGACUCUCUGUCUGCUGGCAUGCGCCGACCAACCGGCGCAAACUCCCGCCCAGGCUCUCCCUGCGCGCACUGUCAGCAUUCCAGACCCAACACCACCACCCAGCAGCGCCCCAACAUGGACGACGCUCGUCAAGCAGAAGCGAGCGGAUUCCACAGGGGACUCUGGCGACUCCACAGACGACUCCGACACUGCGGCGGACGCAACGGAAACAGCUGAUACUGCGACGACCGCUGAAACGAGCGCCGAAACCACUGCGGAAACCACUGCGGAUAGUGCCUCUGAGACUAGUUCAGAGACCUCUUCAGAAACUACCUCCAGCGAGACGACUUCUUCCGAAACCACUUCGUCAGAGACCAGCACGACCUCGUCGGAGACAACCAGUUCCACCAGCUCUUCCAGUUCUUCCAGCAGCAGCUCCAGCACAUCCACGACCUCCACCAGCAGCAGCACAACCAGCACCUCCAGCGCAACCAGCACAGUUUCCCCGGAAAUUGCCGAGCGCAACCGUGUUGGCAACAUCGCUGCGAUCGCAACCUUCAGCUCGCUUGGCGGAAUCAUCGCGAUCGUCUUUAUUGCGCUCGCUAUUCGUAAACGCAUUAUACGCCGUCGCAAGGAGGAGCAAAAGGCAUUGUUGCAGGCUGGAUCGUCGGCGUACUCGAUGGUUCCAGUGUCGGAUGAAGCAGCGGCGUCGAACGGGGAGGUCAAGUAUGAUCGGAUGUCGAUGAUGUUCGCUGCGAACGACCCCAAGCCACAAGACGCGGCUGGGGCAGGGCCAGGAGGGGUUCAGGUCAAUGCGACGCCGCUGUUGACGCCACAGCAGGCGGCUCAGCAAGGGUCCCCACAGGCGUACCCUCAGUACCCACAGGGGUAUCCUCACCAGAUCUAACCUGACUGAAAAAAAAAAUCGGAGGAAAAUGUAAAGGAAGAUGUGAUGUUUACGGUUUAUAUGAUAGCAUUUUGUUUAUACACAUAGUCACGACGAUAAUAUGACAGACCU